CAUGCAGCUGGGAUUUGUCUGUGCUCUGCUUUCUCUCCUGGCAGGGAACAGCUGGGCAGACACCAGAGCCAUUGGGGCUCAGGAAUGCCACCCCAACUCGCAGCCCUGGCAGGCAGGCCUCUUCUAUGUCACGCGCAACCCCUACCGCUUAUUGUGCGGGGCGACCCUCAUCAGCGACCGCUGGCUGCUCACAGCUGCCCACUGCUACAAGCCGUUUCUGUGGGUCCGCCUGGGGGAGCAUCACCUCCAGAAAAGGGAGGGCCCAGAGCAGCUGUUCCGGGUCAUGGACUUCUUCCCCCACCCUGGGUUCAAGAAGAACCGUAUCACCCAAGACUACAAUAAUGACAUCAUGCGGAUCCGUCUGCCCAGGAAGGCACGCCUGGGUCCUGCCGUGCAGCCCCUCAACAUCAGCCAGACCUGCGUCUCCCCCGGCACCCAGUGCCUCAUCUCAGGCUGGGGGGCCGUGUCCAGCCCCAUAGUGCAUUUCCCAGUCACGCUGCAGUGUGCCAACAUCAGCAUCCUGGAGCCCAGACUCUGCCGGCGGGCAUAUCCCGGCCAAAUCUCCAAGCGCAUGCUCUGUGCCGGCCUGUGGGAGGGGGGCCGCGGCUCCUGUCAGGGCGACUCUGGGGGCCCCCUGGUUUGCCAUGGGACUCUGGCUGGUGUGGUGUCUGGGGGCUCAGAGCCCUGCUCCCGACCUCGGCACCCCGCCGUCUAUAGUAGCGUUUGCCACUACGUGCGCUGGAUCAGAAAGACGAUGGAGGAAUACUGAGCCCUCGUGCCUUGGAUGACGGGGGGCGGGGCACCGGGUAGGGGGGGGUCCAGCCUCCACGGUCUCCACCCGUGCCCUCAGCUGUCCUGGAGAGCAGCCUUCUGGACACUUGUAUCCUCCUGGUUCCAGCUCUAAGACGUCAGCAAGAACUGGCACCACCUUGUGGAACAGCAUCAUCUGGUGGCUCAACCCCAGGCCAGCCAUCCACGAAAUAGCCCCGCCCCUCGGAACUUUGCCCAAUGAGAGGUCUCCGCUGGACUCCAGCCCGUGUGUGUGUGUGUGUGUGUGUGUGUGUGUGUGUGUCCGCCUCCUUUGUCAGAGUCCCCGCCCCCAUGACGUCAGAGGUACUAUAGCUUUCCCCCAUUGGCGGGCAGGAAGGGUCUGGCCCCGCCCCUCACGGCCCUGCUUUGGGCUGGUCCUGGGUUUGAAUCCUGCCCUGGACCAUCUGGGAGAAGUUGAGGGGAGGGUCUGGGUUUCUUCAGAUCCAAUGGAUGGUUUUGCAAUAAAGGCACCGCGGAGCCCUUUCUGCUUUCUGCUUGGGUCAUGGGAUGGAGGAAGGGCAACGAGAGGGUGUUGGAGGCCCCAAAGGGUACCACCACCGGAGGAGGCCAAUGUGUGUGUGUGGGG